CACACGCGACGUGAUUUGUGGAGAUUCACUGAUUAUGUAACGUCAUACAGUCUAUAUUAUAAGCCGUUCUCAUUCCUGUUGAAGUUGUCUUAGAAAUGUAUGGGUAUUUUUGUAUCUAUGAAUUGUAGGAUACCAACCAUAGAUGAAUUUGAAGAUACCAACAUCCAACAGGGGGCGAAAAGUCAUGGUGGUGACAAAAAUACUAGAAAGAAAUAUUUCUUCUUCCGGGUCGGCCACUCUUUCUUUCCUGUCGGCCAUUUGUCGUAUACGAUUUGUAGCGCGUGUACAAGCUGUAACCAUGCAGAACGACGCUGGUGAAUUUGUGGACCUUUACGUUCCACGUAAAUGCUCUGCUAGCAACAGAAUCAUCGGAGCCAAGGACCACGCCUCUGUCCAGCUCAACAUUGCUGAGGUCGACAAGGUGACCGGUCGCUUCAAUGGUCAGUUCAAGACCUACGCUAUCUGCGGCGCCAUACGCAGAAUGGGCGAGUCUGACGACUCCAUCCUGCGGCUGGCAAGAGAGGAUAGCAUUGUCGCCAAGAACUUCUAAGAGUGAUGCUGGAGCAGUGGACACUGUGAGAAUAAAAUGAAAAACCAAAAA